AUGACAGGGAGAGAACCCAGCCCGCCGCGUCGCUUACGAGCUUGCGCUUCUUGUGUCAGAGCCAAAGCCAAGUGUCAUUUCCGACAAGACAACCAGAGAAGGCACAUUUGCGAUAGGUGCGAGGCUUUGAAGAGAGAGUGUCUACCACAGACAACGAAUAAUCUGAGAAAAUCACGAAGGAUCCAUCAGAAUCCGAAUGAGAACCAACAAACGCUAGAACCUAGGCGAAUCGCUGAAUACGCUCAAAACUCAACCCUAAAAACUCCAGAUACUCCUCGGCCUCCAUUUGGGCUCUCGUGGUUACAAGCAACCCAGAUUCUAAAUCUCUUCCAUCAAGAAUACAUUUCUCAAUUUCCCUUUGUGCUAAUCCGUAGCGAUGACACAGCGGAGCGUCUUUAUAAAGGAAACCCAUUCCUAUUCCGAGCCAUCAUGUUAGUUGCAGCGCCACUAUCCGAAUCUAAAAUCAUUAAGAUGAAGCGCAAUGUGCUUGCCUACUUGGGCUAUAGAACACUUGUCGAAGAAGACAAGACUCUAGAUAUACUUCAAGGUAUACUAGUGAUUGUUGCUUGGGCACAUAAAUGCCAUAUUGAUAACAGUCAAGCCGUCAACUUGGCGUACCUUGGGUUAGGAUAUGCGCAUAAUCUAGGAAUCACACAAGAUGCUUCGCCGUCUUCUGGUUCUCACGACAACACCCACGAUUCAAGUACAGCAGCAAUGGAUCCAAAACAAGAUGCACAUCCAAUGGUGACGAAACGCGCUCUUCUUGGAAUCUACUGUGUGUUAUCAACUCUCUCAAUGAGACAAUCAUGCAAAAAUCCCCUACAGACACCUUAUAUAAACAGCUGCCUCAAAACAUUCACCGAGACCCAAGACUCGCCAUCUGAUUCUAUAGCAGAGCACAUGGUCCGUCUAAUCCAAAUGAGCGAGAGACUUUCAGAAGGGUUUGGUGAGCCGUAUGAACGUACGCUCUCCAGACCAUUCGCUUUCCUUCUCGAAGGGACUGGAAGACGCUUCCACUCUGAUCUAAGUCGCUUGUCAGAAUCAGUCGCAUAUCCCAAUCUCGCAAGCCAUAGCCAGAUAUUUGAGCUACAUCGCUUAUAUCUCCUUGUGCGGCUAUAUGAGCCUGCAAUUAUAGUGGCAUGUCAUCCAGACGAGGGUGUAGCUCAGUUUUAUUACCUUUUGAUAUGUCUGCGUAAUUGCCUUGAGGCUAUGCAGUCCUUUUUCGAACUUUUCCUGGGAUUGCCUGUCGAAAUGGUCCUGCGCUGUUCAAUACUUACCGUCGACCAAGCUCUCUAUGUCAUACUGCAAGCAUCACGACUGCUUCUCAUUGAAACUCCUGAGUGGGAUGUCGAGUUCGCUCGACAGACACUGGGCUUCAGUGCUGUACUGGAUCGAAUGAUUGCACGUUUUGAAGAAGCUGAAGAACUACGUAAGAGGGACAUAAGGAAUUUUGUUAACAAUGUACUCGAAGACGGGAGUGAAGAGAAUGUUAGCAGUAUCACGAGGACCGCGAAAGAGGUGCAGUGGUUGAAAUACUGGUUCGAGGCCAAGACUCAAGGGCGUCAAAUGGAGGAUGUAUCAUCAGAUGAGCAAGGUAGAGAUAUAUCCGAACACGAAAUGAAACCGAGAUGGCUUGUAGGUCUCUUAGAGGAGAUGCCAUGGAAUCUUACGUCUUGA